UGAUUGUUGUUGCACCUUGAUUCAGGAGUCGGCUACAGAAAACAUCGUGAAAAAGCGACAGUAGAAAUCAGAAACGCUAGUAACGAAAAGCUACGACCAGUCUUUCGACAAAUCCCCUUGGUGUACUCGACUCCUUGAGAACGACGCACCAGACGUCCAACAACAUCAUGCCCUCUCGCAUCCCGCCGACUACCAAUACUUUUUCCGCUCCGCCUCCUUCUAUGCUGGGAACUACGAAGAACAUGAAACGUGUCGCCCCAGCACCAGAAGAGGACGUCGAGGAGGCGAAUACAAGUAAAAAGAUCGCGAUGAAGAAAACGGCGGACAAAAGCAAAACCGGUGGGGCGGCGGUCACGGCAGCAGCAAAGACUGCAAAGGCCGUGGCAGGAGGUAGUCGUACUAACAAAAGUUCUGCCGCGGCGGGAGCGACCCGGAAAAUGACUACUAAGACGUCGACGUCGAGACUUUCCGGCAGUAAAGCUGCUUCAUCUGCACGACCGUCGGGCAAAGCAAAUGCGUCCAAUGGAAAGUCUGCUCUGGCACCAAAAUUCAGCGGCGGCGCCCCGUCAAGCAAAGAGCCCCGGGUGAAGAAGGCGAAUGACAAAAUAAGGCCGGCGAAAAACAUCAAAACCAGCAGCAAAGCAGCAGGAACAACAGCAGCAGGGUCAUCUGCAGGAGAAAACCACGGUAAAGAAGCGGGGAAGAAAACACAUGCCGGAAGAGAAAACAGCCUGAUUGACGAGAAAACCGGGAAGAUGACCGGGAGUUCCAGCAGUACCGAAGAGGACCAACACGCAAAGAAUUACUUCGCCCAACUUUCGAAAAUCGACUUCUCCUCUAGAAGUGCGGCAACCACGACUACAGUAGGUUCUUCCACCACCAACAUUAUCAACAUCAACUACCCCGCGCUUCAGCAGCAAUUAGUCACGUGGUAUGAGAAACACAAACGGGCCCUGCCGUGGCGGGACUUAUCAAAUGUAAAAAUGUCUGGGUCUGGAAGAUUUCCGGGUUUGUCAUGCACACUUUGCAUAACUUCUGAUGUCUGUGAUGCAUGCCCUAGCAUCACAGAUUUUGUGAGGGCCUCCUGAUGCCUAUACCGCAUGAGAAAUGCUCUUUCCGUGUAGCAAAACUUGGACGCUCUUUGCUGCCCAUGCAAUACAGAUUUUUUUAGAAUUCAAAAUCAGCAUGACAAGUUGCAGUCUUCCAGACCCAGACAUUUUUACAGUUGAUAGGACUGGGAGAAGAUAAAAAACGACCCGUCGUACAAGAUUCUGGUGUCGGAAAUCAUGCUAUGACAGUGCACAACUCUCCCCCUCAUUUGUAUAGCAUGAACAGCAAUACAAGCAUCAGCACGAAUGCCGGUUUUGCAUGACAAAGCUACAAUGAAGUGUAGUCAUGCUAUUUGGGCUCCUACCAGAACUUGUCAUGCAUAAUGGUGACAGGAGGGACAGUCUGGAGUUGGUGUUUUGCAUGAGAAAUUUAUGAGAACGAGGAGGGGUUGUGCACGCUCAUACAUGCUGCAGCAGACCCGGGUUACCGCCGUGAUCCCCUACUGGGAAAAGUGGUGCACGACCUGGCCGAGUUUACAGGACCUGGCGGAGGAGAAAAACAUGGACCGAGUGCUAGAGCUAUGAAAGUGCACAACUUUGCUUCCCCGUCGUUUGUAUCGCAUGAACAGCAACACAAGCGUCAGCAAGAGUACAGGUUUUGCAUGACAAAAUUGGACAGGAGUUUAGUGCUAUAAUUUGGGCUGCCAGAACGUCUUGUCAUGCAAACUGUGCCAAGAGCCGAGGCGUGCAUUAGGUAUAUUUGCAUGACAAAUGAGGGGGAGGGGAAAUUGUGCACUGUCAUAAGAACACUGGGCGGGCCUCGGAUACUACAAUCGGGCGAGAAACCUGAAGAAAGUCGCGGAAACCGUGUUACAACUACAGGCAGCAGGUGGCGCGAAAGUAGGACAAGCAUCUACGAGAAUCCAGCUCUAUCCUGUGCAAAAGUAUCGUACUCGUCUGAAUGUAUUACAAAUUUCCCCAGCAUGAGAAAUAAAAUUUGUCAUGCGGAUUUACCUUGAGAAAAAAAAAUUGUAAUGCACGAAUGCAAUUACUACGGUACGAGUACGAUACUUUCGCACAGGAUAAGCUCCCCAAAACUCGCGCGGAACUGCAGCUCCUCCCCGGUAUCGGCCCCUACACCGCGUCUGCCGUGGCGUCGAUAGCGAACGGCGAAAAAGUCGGCGUGGUGGACGGGAAUGUCGCCCGGGUUUUGCAUAUGGAUUGCAAUAUAUAAAUAUGUGUGGGUCUGGAAGCAGGUUGCAACUUGUGAUGCAGAUUCCCGAACAGGGAAAAGUCUGUGUUGCGUAGUCAGAAAAAGACGCCAGAUUCAUUCUGGUGCCCAAGACAGAGCAUGUCUCAUGCAAACUAGGCAUGGAGAGACCUCCGCAGAAUUUGUCAUGCUUUACGCGCAUGCCAGACCGUCUCUCAGAUGCGGAAACUGCAUGAAACAAACGGCUGCACUCCUCCAGACCCGGACAUAUUCGCACGCGAUAUUGCACCGACUUUUCCACAUCACCGGCCCUAUGCCCAGUAACCUGGGCAAACCAGGGAACUUCCUCUCGACGAAAGCUGCUCAUCUAAGUGGUGCGCCGCGUGCGUCGACCAAGAAGACCAAGGCUCCUUUGCCGAACGGGGACUGGUUGUGGGAGGUAAUGGACAAUUUGACGGCGGCGGCGUCCUUAUCUUCCUCAGCAGCUGCGUCCUUCUCCUCUUCCUCUUCCAGCAUGACAAAGGGCGCCGGCUGCAGUACUGUCAUCAAAAACAUUCCCGGCGCUGUGAACCAGGCGGUGAUGGAGCUCGGCGCCACGGUUUGCACUCCAGACAACCCAGACUGUAAAAACUGCCCGGUCCAGAGCCACUGCAGGGCGUUUUCUACGCAUGGGAGAAGUGGCAAAAAACCGGCGGGGACACUAAAUUCAAACCCCGACAUCGAGGCCAUCUCUUUGAUCGGGCGGAAGGAGAAGAAGAAGCAGGUCCCGGAAAAAAAUUUUGAUGUCGUGAUCCUCUUCUCAAGAGAACAAUCGGCGAGCAAAUUGGCAUCGGGUCAGCAUCAAAAGGAAAAUCGCACGAAGAUGAACAAGAUCGCCGUAAUACGAGAAUCCGAGGGCACGCUGCUCCUGGGGCAAUACAGAUUUCCGCACCUGCGAUUUUCAUCCACAGCAACGGGAUCAUCAAAAGGAGGGGAUUGUGUUUCUACUUCAUCGAAGAAGCAGAGCAGUAGUACUGUUAAAAGCGGUAGUUCUUUAUUUCUGAAGAUCACCGAGGAUAAAGAACCCGUGAAGCACGUCUUCAGCUCGCAGGUCCACUACUACCAUAUUUACGCCAGGGAGGUGGAUGAGAAUACGAAAUCCGUAGAGUGCUGCGAGCGCAACUUCGAGUGGAAGACGGUCGAGGAACUGCCCAAGUUUUUGGUCUCCACCGGGCAAAACAAGAUCUGGCAGAGGUUUUUGAAGAAUGAGAUGAUUUCAUCUUGUUGAGCCGCGAAAAAUACAAGCGGAUUCUAUAGACAGAACAAGCAUUCUUGCCGCGACAACAAGGAAUCUUCAAGGUUCCUGGAAACUAGUGUGCAGAAGGAGAUGGGAACUCUUGCUUGUUGGAAAAUAAAUCUGGCAAGGACGAUAAAAGUGAAUGAGUUGAAGUUUUCCAUUCUGCAGAAAGAGAAACUAAAACAGCGACUUUUUUGUUUUUUAUCUUCUACUUUGAGGAACGUAGCAUCUCGGGCGAUGAAUGUUGCUUGGUGUACUACUACCCAGCUCUG